UAAUCUUCUUCUCUUUUUUCUCUACAAAAACACCACUCUCAAAUCGCUCCUCCUGCUGAAAAAACUAAAAUAAAACAGAACAAAAAUUCAUAAAAACACUAGAAGGGAGAUAACACAGAGAGCUCCCAUAAUGCAAAUUUACAGAGAACCCUCUUAUCGCGCGUAUAUAACACUCUCUUAUCUCUCUAAAUUGAAUAAAAAUUAUAAUUGAUUCUAUCUCUGGAUCCUCAUCCUUAUACUACUGGAGUGUUCUUCAAUCCAACUCGUGAACGGUGAAACGCACCGUAUCAGUCCUGAAUUCAUACUCCAUUGCUAAGUGGAAUGCAUUUGGAUUUUUGCUGGUUAGGCUUUCAAAAAGUAGAGGAAAUUAUCAUCCUGGAUUAAUUAUUUAGCACAUUAUAGAAAGGAAUAUGGCCCUCCGGAAGUAUAUUCCUUCAGGUGAUGAACCUUCUCUUGGAAUGAAGCCUUUGAAUUUUUCUAAGAAGGUGCAUCAGAAAGCUCAACAUGCAGAUCCAGAGACAAGAGUGCUACCUGAAGUAGAUAUCAAAGAAGUUUACUUCUUAAUUAUGCAUUUCCUUUCAGCCGGGCCAUGUCAAAGAACAUAUGAGCAUCUUUGGAAUGAACUUCUUGAACAUCAACUUUUGCCUAGGAGAUAUCAUGCUUGGUAUUCAAGGAACAGAUCACCUGCUGGAGACAAAAAUGAUGAUGGCACAUCAUUCCCAUUAAGUUAUAGUACGUUAGUGGAGAGGCAUCGUCAUGUCAAGCAGGAUCAUUUGGUAAAGCUUCUGAAGCAGUUAUUACUUAAUACCGAUGCUGCUAUGAAUGGGUUAGUUGAUGGCAAUGCAGCCUCUCCAUCACAAGGUUUAGUCGAGGCAAAGGUUCUAAAUGCUGCUCAUGUUCCGACACUUUUGGGAACAGGCGCAUUUUCACUUUUGAGUGAUGAUAGAGACAAGGGCGAAGAUCAGGUCAAGCAUCCUCCUGCUCAUAUGCGGUGGCCUCAUAUGUCUGCAGAUCAGGUCCGAGGGUUGAGUUUGAGAGAAAUCGGCGGUGGUUUUUCAAGGCACCAUCGUGCACCUUCUAUUCGUGCCGCUUGUUAUACUAUUGAAAAACCUUCAACUUUGGUACAAAAAAUGCAAAAUGUCAAGAGAAUGCGGGGACACAGAAAUGCUGUUUAUUGUGCUAUCUUUGAUCGCUCAGGUAGAUAUGUUAUCACUGGUUCUGAUGAUCGUCUUGUGAAAAUCUGGUCCAUGGAAACUGCGUUUUGCUUGGCCAGCUGUCGUGGACAUGAAGGUGACAUUACUGACUUGGCUGUGAGUUUUAGCAAUGCCUUGGUGGCUUCUGCUUCAAAUGAUUGUGUAAUUCGAGUGUGGCGUUUGCCAGAUGGGCUUCCAAUAUCUGUUCUACGUGGACAUACUGGGGCUGUUACUGCCAUAGCAUUUAGCCCUAGGCCAGGAUCUAUAUACCAGCUUCUUUCGUCAUCUGAUGAUGGAACGUGUAGGAUCUGGGAUGCUAGAAGCUCUAACUUCAGUCCACGAAUAUACGUUCCUAGGCCUUCAGAUUCUUUAGCUGGAAAGAAUAGUGGUUCAUCCUCAAAUAGUGUUAUUCAGAGCCAUCAGAUCUUUUGCUGUGCAUUCAAUGCUAAUGGAACUGUAUUUGUCACCGGAAGCUCUGACAAUCUUGCUAGGGUGUGGAAUGCUUGUAAACCAAUCACAGAUGAUGUAGGCCAACCAAAUCAUGAGAUAGAUGUUUUGUCCGGUCAUGGGAAUGAUGUCAAUUAUGUUCAGUUUAGUGGCUGUGCUGUGGCAUCUAGAUUUUCUCUCUCUGACAGCUCAAAGGAAGAGAAUGUUCCAAAAUUCAGAAAUUCAUGGUAUUCUCAUGACAACAUAGUGACCUGUUCUAGAGAUGGCAGUGCAAUCAUCUGGGUUCCAAGAUCACGUAGAUCUCAUGGAAAAGUUGGACGCUGGACUCGAUUAUAUCAGCUGAAAAUUCCUCCUCCUCCAAUGCCUCCUCAACCUCCACGAGGAGGUCCACGUCAGAGAGUUUUACCAACUCCUCGUGGUGUAAACAUGAUCAUUUGGAGUAUAGAUAAUUGUUUUGUCCUUGCUGCGGUCAUGGAUUGCAGGAUUUGUGUUUGGAAUGCUGCUGAUGGUGAAUUAGUACACUCUUUGACUGGUCAUACCGAUUCCACGUAUGUUUUGGAUGUCCACCCUUUCAACCCACGAAUUGCUAUGAGUGCUGGUUAUGAUGGAAGAACUAUUGUCUGGGAUAUAUGGGAGGGAACAGCUAUCCAGAUCUACGAGAUUUCACAUUUCAAACUAGUAGAUGGCAAGUUUUCACCGGAUGGGACGUCCAUUAUACUUUCAGAUGAUGUUGGUCAAUUGUAUACCUUGAACACAGGCCAAGGUGAAUCCCAACAGGAUGCUAAAUAUGAUCAGUUCUUCCUUGGUGAUUAUCGGCCCUUGAUACAAGAUACCUAUGGCAAUGUACUUGACCAGGAAACUCAGCUUGUGCCAUACCGGCGAAAUAUGCAAGAUCUUCUAUGUGAUUCAGGAAUGAAUCCCUAUCCGGAACCGUAUCAGAAUAUGUACCAGAAGAGACGUUUAGGGGCUUUAAAUAUCGAAUGGAAGCCACCUUCUAUAAAAUUUGCUGUUGGGCCUGAUUUUAGUUUAGACCCGGAUUUCCAAAUGCUACCAUUGGCAGACUUGGAUGUAAUGGUUGAGCCACUUCCAGAGUUUGUUGAUGCCAUGGAUUGGGAACCAGAAAUUGAAAUGCAAAGUGAUGAUAAUGAUUCUGAGUACAAUUUGGCUGAGGAGUGUUCUACUGGGGAUGAGCAACGGAGUUUAAAUUCUAGUUUAUCAAUUGAUCCAGAUUGCAGUACAGGAGACAGUGAGGUUGAGGGCAAGGAUGGUUUUCAUAGACCUAGAAGGAAAAAGCAGAAGGCUGAAAUUGAAAUAAUGACUUCUUCAGGAAGGCGUGUUAGAAGGAGGAAUUUGGAUGAUUAUGAUGACAAUGCCUUCAGAAGUCAGAAGACCAAUAAAUCAAAAUUUGGCCGAAAAAUUUCGAAGAGAAAGUGUUCCAUGUUGAAGGGUUUGAGGCCACAAAGAGCAGCUGCCCGCAAUGCCCUUACUUUGUUUUCAAAAAUUACUGGAACAGCUUCAGAUGGAGAUGAUGACGACAGUUCAGAAGUUGAUCCAUCAGAAAGUGAAUCCACAGAGCAGCACUCGAACUUCCAGAGUGAUGAAUCUGAGAGAUCUUUUCAAAAUUCACAAUAUAGGAAUUUGAAAGGGAAAGAAAUCUCAUUGGAAGAAUCUGAAGAUUUUGUUAAAUCUCAUGAAUUUCUUGAGCCUCGUAUUAAUGCUGGAAACAAGAGAAAACUAAUCUUUAAACUUCCGGUUCGAGACUCCACUAAGGUUCUUAUCUCAAGGAGUAGAAUAGAUAACAACAACCAAGUUGAUUCAAUUUGCUCCUCAUCAUAUACAGUUCCUCAGGGAGUCGCAGGGGAAAAUGGGGUUCAUAUGAGAUCACUAGAUUUGGGUUCCUCUUCUGGUUAUAUGAACGGCAGCACAGUGGUAGGAAGGAGAACGGAGCAGAUAGAGGGCUCUCAUUUUGAUUUGUCUGAAGGAUACAAAUAUGGGGAUAUCAAAUGGGGAGGCGCCAAGGCCCGUACUACCAAACGUCAGAGAUUUGGAGAAGCCAUGUCUUCAGCUGCAUGUUCCAGAUUUAGAAUAGGUUGUAGUGAUCAAUUAGAAAAGGAGAAUACCACCAAUGGAUUUUCAAAACUUCAGGACACUUGUGGCACAUUAUCCCCCUCUGACAUUCAAACUUGUUCUCAUAAGACAGAUGAACUGACAGCAACCAGUUUAAAAGAUGCUAUGCUUGGUACUCCUGAGGUUGAGGCUGAUGCGGAUAAUGGUAAAAAACACUUAUUCUUUGAUGGAUGCAUGGAUACUGAUGAACUACCUAAUUCAGCUUACAUGGCUAAUGAGAAUGACGACCCUCCUGAAUUUAAAGAGGGCGGUAGCAGUUCACCUGUGUCAACAAAAUUACGUAUAAUAUCAAGGAACUGUCCAGUAGAUUCUUCUAAUCAUGGAAAUGAGGAGGGUUCACCUGUUAGCCCUGCAGACAUGAAAGAGAAUCCUGUUCCAGAAGUCCCUGAUUGUGACAGGACCAACAGAACUCCUGUCAAUAAGCAUGACGAGUUUCAGGUAUCAGACACUCACAUUAUCGAAAAUUCCUUUGCCUCACUGGAUGACUCGAUGCAUCCCCAAUCUCGUCAAAAAAAAAUGUAUAAUGUUGUUUAUAGAAGAUCAAAGUUAAGUAGAGAUAGAGCAAACUCAGAAGAUGAUAGCGGCAUCAGAGAGAGCAUUUCACAUGCCAGUACUGGUGAACACAAUGUCAAAGGUGACUUGCAAGAAGAGACUACUGAUGGAGCUCAUGCAGUUCAUUCCGCACGGUUAAAGGAAUCUACAGGUGAACCAGUGAACUGUAGUAUCAAGCGGGGACAGGAACUUGAGUCAGAGGAUACAUACAGAAAUACCCAUAAUGGUUCCGUUAGCGGAUGUCAACUUCCUACUGAAGAAUGGGGAUCAAGCUCAAAGAUGGCAGUUGGUGUAAGAUCCUCCAGAAAUAGAAGGACCAGUUAUAUUUUUCGCGAUUCAAGUCCAGUAGAUAUGAAAAAAUCACGUCAGUCGACCAAAAAAAGUUCAUGGUUGUUGCUGUUUAAGCAUGAGGAAGGCUCUCGUUAUAUCCCUCAGCUUGGGGAUGCAGUAGUAUAUCUAAUACAGGGGCAUCAAGGCUACAAAGAGCAAUGCAAUUACCAAACAGAACCGGGGCCUUGGAAGUCAGUGAAGGGUCAUAUUAGGCCAGUCGAGUUCUGUAAAGUUGAAGGCCUUGAGUAUGACACAAUAGCAAAUGGAGAUAGUUGCUGCAAAUUGACACUUAAAUUUGUAGACCCUACUUCUGAUGUGUUUAGUAAAACAUUUAAACUGACACUACCUGAAGUAACUGAAUUCCCAGAUUUUCUUGUUGAAAGAACCCGGUUUGACGCUGGUAUGCUGAGAAAUUGGACAAGCAGGGAUAAAUGUAAAGUCUGGUGGAAUAAUGGUGAUGGAGAAGAUGGUAGCUGGUGGGAUGGCCGGAUUACGUCUGUAAAGCCCAAAUCUCUCGAGUUUCCUGACAGUCCAUGGGAGAGGUAUAGUAUAAAGUACAGAAGUGACCCCAAGGAUGAACAUUACCACAGUCCUUGGGAACUUUUUGAUAACGAAACUCAAUGGGAGCAACCUCAUAUUGAUGAUGAGAUUAGAAACAAGCUGAUGCCUGCCCUGCUCAAAUUAGAUCUAUCAGGCAAAAAACAGGAUCGUUAUGGGGUUCAGAAAUUGCGCCAAGUAUCAGAUAAAACUAAUUUUACAAAUAGGUUUCCUGUUCCGGUGACUCUCGAGCUGAUUCAGUCGAGGUUGGAGAACAACUACUAUCGAACAUUUGAGGCGAUGAAACAUGAUAUUGAAGUUAUGCUGUCGAAUGCAGAAAUUCACUUUGCAAAGAAUGCAGAGCUUUCGAAGAAAAUAAAACUCCUGUCACAGUGGUUUCAACGGACGUUAUCAUCAUUGUAACCCCUGCUUAAGUUUCUACCAAAUUUUAGCUGGUCCGAAUGAGCUCUUCUUUUUCUUUGUAGAUAAUUCUUUAACCAUUUUUUUCACAAGGUUAUAAGCUCUUUCUUUUAUUUAUUUUGAGCAACUGCUCUGUUUUUCUUCUCGCAAAUCCAAUUUUGGGUAGGAUUUUAAAUCUCCCCAGUAGGUUAAAUGAAAAAAAAUCUAAAUGUGAAAUCCGUGUAUUCCGGUGGGAAAUUUCCCAUCGAAUUCUUUUUGUAUAGACAGUGCCAUGCAUCAUCCUUAAUAAGAUAAGUGGAUAAGGGUAAUCUUUUUACAUUUUCUUUUAA